AAUGAACAAGCAUUUAUGAGCGUUGGUGCUGCUGCUCGUCCACAUUAUUUUCGUCUCUUCCAAUCCAUUGGUAACAUUUCGGGUGGUGUAAAGAGGAUAUGUUCAAUGCGAGCUGAUGUCGUGGAAAUGCUUCGCGCAUCGGAUUUAACACGAACAGAAAGCGCUGCAUUACGGCCACUGGAAAACUGCCUAAGAGAACUGCUAACCUUGUGGUUCUGUCAAAGUAAUCUAAGUCUCAGGCAGCUGACAUUUGAAUCGCCUGGAGAUAUUUUGGAAAAAGUGAUAAAAUAUGAAGCGGUCCAUCCAAUGACGGGUUUGGGUGAUAUGCAACUUCGUCUUGGUCCAAACAGGCGUUGUUUUGUAUUUAUGCACGAAGCAAUGGCACGUGAACCACUUGUUGUUGUGUAUGUUGUAUUUAUGAAAAAAAUUGCAAAAAAUCUUCAGGAUAUUUUGGAUAUUGCUAAAAUGCCUGCUGAUGAAAGUGUAAAUAAUACCGCCGUAUUUUAUUCAAUAUCAUCAACACAGCCAGGAUUACGUGGUAUUGAUUUGGGCAAUAUGCUAAUUAAACGAGAUAUUUUGGAUGUUGCUAAAAUGCCUGCUGAUGAAAGUGUAAAUAAUACUGCCGUAUUUUAUUCAAUUUCAUCAACACAACCAGGCACUUCAGGCGAUAUUGUUGACGACAGGCUUAUAGCAUUUUGUGAGGAAUGCGAAUUGUUUGAGGGUGAUAGCAAAAAUAUUGACAUUGUUCGAUUAUUUCUGUUGAAACGCCUGAAAAAUCUCGACCCAAAAAAGUAA